GUCAAGAAUGUCAAAGCUUUUUGUUUUUGUGGCGGCUUUCGUCGUGUGGACGGCGUCUUCCACAGUGACCUAUGUAGCUGGGUGUGGAGGCACGCUGACGGCUCCCCCUGGAGGUGUUGUGACAUCACCAAACUAUCCCAGCAACUACGGCAACUCUGAGUACUGCAACUGGUUGAUCACCGCACCAACACCUAGCAUAAUCCGCCUCACGUUUGAGAGUUUUGACACUUAUCACAGUAGUGACUAUUUACUUAUUUACGAUGGAGACAGUUCUGGUGCUGCGCAGAUGGAGAGGUUAUCCGGUCAUCCGUCAUCAGUCAGCUCCAUCACCAGCACAUUCAACUCGAUAUUCCUAAAGUGGAGAACUAACUCUUAUGGUAAUAUCGGUGGGUUCAAGCUCUACUACACAACUCUUCCAGACGCAUUGCAUGAAGUGACGGCCCCCCCUGGAGGUUUUUUGACAUCGCCGAACUUUCCAAGCAACUACGACAACAAUGUGCACUACGACUGGUUGAUCAUCGCACCAGCACUGAGCAGAAUCCGCCUCACGUUUGAGAGAUUUUACACUGAGUCCAACCGUGACCGUUUGGUUAUUCUCGAUGGAGACAAUACCAGGGCUAAAACGUUACAAAGCCUCCAUGGUCUUCAAUCGUCAGUCAGCCCCAUCACCAGCACAUUCAACACCCUGUUCCUGAGGUUUAUAUCUAACGGUGACAGAACGUAUCAGGGGUUCAACAUCUCCUACACGAGUGUAGAGUUGAAUUACACAUCGCACAGUCAAGUGUAUCUGACCACAAUCGGCGAAUGGAAUUUUUACAAGAUUCCCACUUCCGGUCCCAUGACUAACGCCAACGUCCGAGCGGCUUGCGAGUCGGCGGGGCUGUGGAACCCCUGCUCCGACACCGGCUACGGGACGUGUCGCCACGGCCGGUCGGACUGUGUCGUGUUUGACGGCGGCAGCGCGAGCUGUCGUACCCUGAACGUGAUCUCAGACCGACUGUGUGGAAACAUCGAGCCCCAGACCUGUAAACCCCUCGACGACACCUUCGUGUACUCCCCCGGCUGGCAGAGUGACGACAGCGCCUUUGGAGUCGACUACGACACGGGCCACUGGGGCAUGACAGGGGCAGACUACACCGACAAGUAUGCUCUUUGUGUAGGUCAUCACGAGUACCUGACUACCUGGGACGGAUGGAUGUUUUUCAAAAUACGCGUCUUGGGUAGGAUGAGCAAUGCCAACAUCCAGGCCACAUGCGAACGUCUAGGGAUGAGCUUCCCCUGCUGGUACACAGGUCAUGACCCGUGUCACAGCAAAUCGUAUUGGAAUUCCGACUGCAUCAUGUUCGACCACGCGGCCAGUGCCGACUGUGAAACUACAAAAUACCUCUCCAACAAAAUGUGUGGAACCACAGUUGAUUAUAACUGCCCGGCCCUCAACCACACAUUUGUGUACUACCCCUCCAAUUCCUACAGUAACGGAAUCAGAUAUGGAUCUUCAGGCACUUUGGCUGGAAGUUCCUACAAUGACAUGUACGCAUUGUGUGCAGCCAAACAGUGCCAGACCUCCCCAUGUGUACACGGGACCUGUGCGCACUUACUGGAUGGCUACACCUGCUUGUGUGACGAGGAAGGGAGCGGAGACUACUGUGAUGCAGUGAUUGACAGCUGUUCAAGUAAUCCGUGUAUGUCCGGGGGAACCUGUAUCGACGAGGUGGGCGGCUACACCUGUGUCUGUCAUCCUCACACGACGGGACGCAACUGUGAAACAGUGCUACACAUCGACAAGUGCUACCACUUCUCCAACGACAGCCUGUCUUACAAGGACGCCUCCGCUGUCUGUAACAGCAUGGGCGGGCACCUGGCAGACAUCAAGGACAGCGGGGAGCAGCAGCUGCUCGCCAGCUACAUACAGCUGGGACAUGGCGUCUCCGCCUGGACAUCUACCAGUACCAGCGUCUCUUCUUUCGGGACGUGUGACUGUGGAGACGGCACUAACCGGCAGACUGGGGCUGCUCCAUGGAUGCAGAAGACUGCUGACAUCGACAUCUGCCUGCUGCUGGACAGUUCCGUGGGCUACAUGGCAACCUACCAGUCAUGUAAGGAGCAGCACCAGUAUGUCUGCGAGUCCAACGUGACGUCAUGUCAGCCGAACGUGUGUCAAAAUGGCGGGAUCUGCAGCUCCUGUUUUGAUAAUUCCACCGUCUUCUGCACCUGUCCUCAAGGGUUCAUCGGCACCUUCUGUGAGACAGUUAACCAGUGUGACCCUAACCCCUGUCCGUUUGACUGGACCUGCUCUUUGAGCCAAUCUGGUGGGAUCCACUGUACAGUACCAGAUGGAAUAAGAGCCAGCAGCUUAGGCUUUUGCAGCGCGUCCUCCUGCGGCGCCGGCUGGAGCUGUGUGGAGGACGGCCCGACUGGGUACACCUGCAUCCGUGGCUGAUGGACGACCACAAAAACAGUACUGAGAUAAAUCAGUUUACCUCCCGUAAACUAUGUCUUCUGAAAAAGACUUUAGUACCCUAGUAAGUUUGAAUGCAUGAUUUUAUGAGGGUAAUGAAGUAAAUGGUAGGUGCCGUAACAUACAACAUUCCUGUCUAUUGGUGGGAAAAUGAAUAGAAAAACUUUCUUUGAUACUCAUCUAUUCCGAGGAUUGUCACAGACCACCUUGUAACAACUGGGUACUAGAACUUUGGCCCUUAAAUUCAUUCAAAAAAAUUACCAUGAAUUACAAUUGACAAAUAGGUUUGGAAUAUGAAAGGGUUGAGGAAAUUUAAACCUUUGCGUCUCUAAACGCGCAGCUUUACCACAUCAUCAUCAUUUUCAAGUGGACUGUAAUUCUAGUAUAUUAUAUGUAGAUUCUACAUAUAAAACAUGUAAAACAUCUACCAAUAUAUACACCUGUAGUAAAUCUUCAUUGACCAAUGUCUGAUAUCUAUUGAACUAGUACAUGUCGAGAAUGGGUCAGUGGUGAAGCAAUCGUCAGCACAAUUUUUCUUUACUCAUGCAGAAUCUUAUCUCA